AUGUCAUGCUUUAAGAUCCCGGUUAGCCUCUGCAAACGCAUACAAUCUGCCCUUACGCGCUUCUGGUGGGACCAAACGCCUGGUACGCAGAAAAUGAGCUGGACCUCAUGGACAAAGAUGACAAAGUCUAAAAGCUCAGGAGGUCUAGGUUUCUGUGACAUCCAAAGUUUUGAUGCACUCCUAGCUAAGCUCAGCUGGGAGCUUGAAACAACUGACCAUCUUUUCUUCUGCUGUGACUAUGCUCAGAAAGUCUGGUCCCUAGCCCCGUUUGGAAAGACUCUCGACCUAUCAUUGAUCCACUUCAAAGCCUCCAUCAACGUCUUGAAACGCCUCGUCUGCCUCCCACCCUCUGGAAUCAGCUAUGGACCUCUGUUUCCCUGGAUCUGGAUCUGUUGGACCAUUUGGUCAGCCCGAAACUAUCACAUCUUUGAGGACAGAUCAUUUACACCAGAAGACACUAACCUCAAAGCAAUCCAAGAUGCCCGUGAAUGGCAAGAGGCACAAGUAUUGGAGAAGAAACCCCACCAAGCCAGACCCCGGCCAACCAAUCAUCGGAGUCUACACCCUAACACGGUGGUCUGCUUCACUGACGGAGCUUGGAAACAGGAAACAGCGAUCGCUGGAGCGGGAUGGAUUUUCACCAAGAGAGAGGGUAUCAAACUCGACUCCGGAAGCUUGGCUGAACCAUUCGCUUCAUCUCCACUCAAGGCUGAAGCCAUUGCUAUCAGAUCCGCCUUAGUCCAAGCUUUGGAGAAGAAUUUCCUCCACCUACAAGUAAAAUCAGACGCUAAGGAUCUAAUCCGAGCCCUAACAUCGCAAGAGAAAAUCAAGGAAAUCUAUGGUCUCCUUUUUGAUAUUCAAUCUCUAGCAAAGUUAUUUACCUCAAUUUCCUUUUGA